GCAAUUUCGAAGGACGCAGACAGCAGUGACGAGGAUGACCCAAUAAUUUUGGAGAUGGCGCAACAGCGUAUCUAUUACCCUGUGCAACGAACAAACACGGGAUCACUAAGCCUGGCUGAUCUGAAUCUACGAAGAACACAAGCGAUGAUUAUGGGCGAACCCCUCGUGCAUAUUUCGAGGAUGGUCGAUUCUUUGGAACCCCAUCGAACCUUGUACGAAGGUAUCUCCCCUUUGCUUGCACGAUAUAACGACAAAAGACACUUCUGCGACAUCACGAAUCUCCCACGAUCUCUUUUGACACCUGCAAAAGAGAUACGAUUAUUACGCUUAGGGCCGGAGACCAAUUCUUUGGAACCCCCUGAGCGCCUCGAAACUGGGCUCGGAAUCAAAAUCGCAAUGAAACCCGUGCCAUGGCAGGACAUUCGAGACGGAGUAACACCAGAGGAACACGUGGCCAUUCGAGAGCAGGACUUACAGAUGAUGGCUACGGUAUUCUCCUGGCGAUCAGAUAAUUUGUUUAUCUCCGCGCCCCCGCCUGAAAACACUAAGCGGGUGAGUACGAAACAUAUCGAUGUACGGAUAUGGGAUGAGCUGUACGAGUUGCACGUGCCCCAAUACGUACCUGAUGAGAUCCAUCACCUAAUCGUGGAAAUUCUAAAAGAAUACAAAGGAGCGAUUAGUAUGACGGACACAGACAUUGGACUGUCGUUAGUCAUACAACACGAGAUUCAAACCGGAAACCAUCCCCCGAUUCACUGUAAGCCCUACAGAUACUCCCUGGUAGAACGGAAAACGGUCCUUGAGCGGAUUCGAGAAUUUGAAGCUAAUGGUUGGAUCGAACCCGCCACUGGACCAUGGUCGUUCCCGGUAGUAUUAGUGCCAAAGAAGAACGGAUCGAUUCGCAUAUGCAUUGAUUAUCGCAAGCUGAAUGACAUCACGAUCAAAGAUGUGUACCCCCUUCCCCGGAAAGAUGAUCUACUUGAUGCGAUUGGGUGUGCUAAUUAUUUCAGUAAAUUUGAUAUUCGUCAUGGUUUUCAUCAUAUCCUGGUUAAGGAGGAAGAUCGGUCGAAAACGGCCUUCGUACUAUUUGAGGGCACGUGGCAGUGGGUCCGGUGUCCGAUGGGUAUUUGCAACGCGCCUGCCACAUUUCAGCGGGCGAUGAACGUGACGUUCCAGAACUUCGUCAACAAGACGCGGCUCACUCAGGGGAUGAUUAACUUCUGUGUCAUCGUGUACAUGGACAACAUCCUCGUCUACUCGGAGACCUAUCACGGGCAUGCACAACAAAUCAAGUGGACGCUAGGAGCUCUGAGAGACACUGGGUUCAAGAUCGCGCUCGAGAAGAGCGAGUUUUUCCUCUCGGAAAUCUCGUUCUUGGGCUAUAUGGUGACACGAGGAGGGCUGCGGCCAGACUCGAGAAAAGUCACGGCGGUAAAAGACGCCCCUGUCCCCACGUCAUUGACGCAGCUGACGUGGACAAGGGACAUCGAACACCGUGCUUUGACCGAAUACGUGGAGCUGCUGAUCAUCCAAGCUUGGAGAACGGAGGUGGAAGGAAACCUUCUCGGAUUUCUAUCCGGAUCGGUGCGUCCCGACCAUCGACAGCUAAUCGUACAGGAGCUCACGAUUCCUCUUGCGCAGCUGGUGGACGAUCUCCCUCUCGAUAUUAUUUUACAGUGUGAUGAGAGCCUGGUCCCGCACAUCCUUUCACGAACUUUGACGCCUUACCUACGGUGGUUGGCUUGCCUCGAGGAGCAGGGAGGUGACAACAACCCGCCAUCGCAACGAGAAUACCUGGACCCGCGGAGGAUAAUCGACCUCGCCUUCUUUCAGCCUCGAACCGCCUCCGAAGAUGAAGGGCUAACGCUAGAGGAGGAGGAAGAAGAGGACGUAGAGGAAGGCGACGAGGAGGAAGAAGAGGAAACCUCGGAAGAAGGAAGUUACAGGGAGCACAACGAGGGAGAGCAGAGCGAAGAAGAAGAAGAAGAAGAGGAUUAGUCGGAGGAAGAGGAGGAAUCUGAGUGGGAGACUUUGGAGGAAGAGGCGGAUCGCACAGAAGCCCAGGAGGAAGAAAUAGAGGCGGCGGCGCAGCGCAGAGAAGAAAUCGCGGCCGGUAAGCAGCCGCUAGAGGCCGGGGAAGUCCCGAGAUGGCCGAUUGAGUGGCUGUCGCACCAACAAAGGCGCGAUUAAUGA